UAUUUAAUUUUUAAUUUUUUUUCUUGUAAAUUAUUAUUUUUACUUGUAGCUUGUAUACUUGACAGUAGAUAAUGAUAAGCGAUUCCGUGGGACAUAACAGGCAAUUUCCGUAGUGAAAUGAUAUCAGAUGCCGGAUGAUAGCAUAUUAUUAUCGAGCUUGAUAGAUUACUUUUAGAUCAGUCGUAGCAUUGUCUGGUCAGUCGACUCGGUUCGUUUAAAUUUAUCAUUUUUUUAAAUAACACUGAAUAAGCCAUUUUAUUUUAUUUUAUUUGUAAACAAUUAGUAAUAGUUUAUACAUUUUUUUUUACCUUUAAUCAACAAGAUAAAUAAAAGUUUUUAGUGUCAAGUUUUAAAUUUAAAAAAAAAUGAAAAUGUGACCUUGAUUAGUUUAGGUUUUAUCGUAUUAAAAAAAAGAAACAAGUGAGUCGAUAUUAUUUUGCCACGUAAGUGAUCAAUGUUAUCCAAAGAAUCUUUAAAAAAAUUUCAUAGAUAAUUGAUUAAGAAAAUUAAUAUUAAAAAUACUUGUAUAGAAAAAAAAAAAAAAAAUGUUAUUAAAGCGUCGAUCGGUUGAGAAAAAUUUUAAUUGUUCGAUGAACACCGAAUUGAAUAAUACACUAAGCGUCGAAAAAAAAAAAAACUAACUCAAGUUGAAUAAAGAUCACCUGGUUUUAAGCAAAAAUAUAUAAUAAUAUUGAGGACAAAGUGCAGUAGGUGUGUGAGCAAGCUUGACACUGAAUAAAAGUGAAAGUAACAAGUGUUUAAACCAUCAAUACUUUUAUAAUUUAAAUUUAAAAAAAAAAAAUAUAUACAUUGAUAACUUGAUAUUGUUAUUAACUAUUUAUUUUUCAAGUUCAAGUUUCAUUGUGGUGUUUUUUUAAAACAACAAUUGGCAAGUUUAAAGUGAAUGGUCAAUGACAACAGAAUCAUCCAGUUGAUGGUCCACUUGUAACUGAUCAAUGUCACUUAUCUAAUGUCAGUCAAUCAACGAUGCUUAAGCAAUGCUGGACACUGAAAGAAUAUUAUUUUCGAAUAAUGAUACUCGAUGGACUCGUAGUUUUUCAUGUGAUUAAUAAAUUAUUUAAAUAAAAACAAUUAUCAAUAUGGAUAUGGAAUUAGUAACCAGAACUUCACUCAGUUCACUUCAUGCUGUUGAUGAUGGUCGUAUUGUAUCACCAAACAGUCUUGAUGAAUGGACAUGGUCAAGUUUAAGGAAACAAUUUGAGUAUAAAAAUCUUGAAAAACUUUAUAUUAUUUAUCAAAGAAGACUACAAAAUGGGUAUCUAUCACUCUUUGUUUUGGUACAACUUGUUCUUGGAAUUGUACAUUGCACAGUUUUAAUUAUGACAAUAAAAAUAAAUGAAACCCUGAUUGACGUGGUGAUUUGGGGAAUAAUGGGUGCACUUUUGUGUCCAGUGAUAGCACUGUCCUUCAGAACAAAACUUGUUCCACGUGAGAGUUGUCGUCCAGUUAUAUUAUCAUGUAUUAUUGUUGUGAUUCUUGUAAUUGGUGACCUCUCUGUUCCUUUCUGGUAUACAUUUACCUGUUCCGAGGACGCUCCUGCGAUAAGACCUGCAUAUGCUACACAUGUUCUAUUGGCAUGCUAUGUUUUUUUACCUCUAACUGAAAAUCUUCAUGCAUUUAUUCUUGGAGUCACAGCAACACUGUGUUAUCUUUCUAGUUUUGUAUUAAUAACAUACAGAAAUUUACCAGAUUACACAGCUAGGAUAGUUGCUGAUACAAUUUAUUUUGCCAGUGUUAAUUGUCUUGGUUUGUACUUUAGAUUUAUGAAUGAAGUUGUUAUUAGAAGAUCAUUUUUAGAUAGAAGAAAAUGUGUUGAAUCAACGCUACGUUUAAAUUAUGAAAAAGAUCAAGAAGAACAAUUAACAAGAAGUAUAUUACCUCAACAUUUUGCUGCUAAAAUUAAAAAAGAUUUUCGUGAUAUAUUUAAAUUUAUUGAAGAACAUAAAAAACCACCACCCAAAGGACGUCGUAGAAAUGAUUUGUAUGUUGAAACACAUGAUAAUGUCAGUAUUCUUUAUGCAGAUAUUGUUAAUUUUUCUGGUUUAACAGUAACUCUACCAGUUAAAAAACUUGUUGAAACAUUAAAUGAUUUAUUUGGUAGUUUUGAUGAAGCAUCAGAGCGUCACAAUGUAUUGAGAAUUAAAUUUCUUGGUGAUUGUUAUUAUUGUGUUAGUGGUGUACCAACACCAAAUCCACAACAUGCAAAAAGUUGUGUUGAUCUUGGUUUAGAUAUGAUUAAAAUAAUAAAAGAAGUACGUGCAAGAGUACGUCGUGAAAGUGGUGUUGAUAUUAAUAUGAGAAUUGGUGUUCAUUCAGGUAAAAUAAUAUCAGGAAUUCUUGGUGCAAAUAAAUGGCAAUAUGAUGUUUGGUCAAGAGACGUUGUUAUUGCAAAUAAAAUGGAACAAACUGGUCAACCAGGAAAAGUUCAUAUAACACAACAAACAUUAGAUCUUUUAGAUGCAACAUGUUAUGAUUGUGUACCAGUUGAUACACUAAAUGAUGAGACAUUAAAUAAAUACAGCAUUAAAAGUUAUCUCAUAACACCUUGUCUUCCAAGUUCACCAAUUUUGCAGAACAGCGAGAGCACAAUGUCAGUACCAGCAUCAUCAUCAUCAUCAUCAACAACACCACCACCACCACCACCGCCAUCAUCUUCAUCAUCAUCAUCAACAAAACAUUAUGUACGUUGGUACAGUGUACGACCAAGUACAAGUGUUGGACCAACUCAUCGUAAUACAAGAAGAUUAACAUCAACAUUAACUAAUCAUGCUGAUGUUUAUGCUGGUACAUUUCGUCGUAGAACACAUUUUAUGGAUUCUUGUUUAAAAGAUUAUCAUUUAAUGCUUAAAGCUGCUGAUGCUGAAAUGGAAAAAGCUAUUAAACAAAUGCCUCUAAGUAAAUGGGAACAGUGGUCCAAAUGGGAAACAAUAAAUCCAUUGUUAUUAACAUUUACAAGACAAAAUUGGGAAAUACCAUUUUUACGUGAACCAGAUCCAUUAUUUAAAUUUUUCAUUGGUUGUGCAGCACUUGUAUUAUUAUCAAUGGGAUUAAUGUUUUCAGUACCAAUGUUUAUUCUAUCUGAUUGGCAUACUAGUACAACAAUUGGAUUUUUAAUAUCAAUGAUAUUUUUAAUAUGUUUAUUGCCAUUAACAUGGAUGCAUUUUGUUUGGAAUAGAUGUAAAGAUCCUCAUGAUGAACAUGAAGGACAUAUUCCACAACCAAAAAAUAAAUUAUUACAAUUUAUGUAUCAAACAAGUAUUAAAGUUGUUUGGAGUGCAUUAUUAAGAACAACAUUGUAUUUAAUUAUUACAAUAAUGCUUGCUAUUUGUGCAAUGUUUGAUAUGCUUUUUGAAUGUGAAAAUAUUGAUAGACUUGCUAAUAAUAAUGCAACAUCAAGUAUUGCUGAGAGUAGAGCUGGUGAUGUUGAUUGCAUAUCUUCACCUUGGCAAAUGACUGAAACUUGUUCAUUGGCAAUAUUAACAAGUUUUUUAUUUUUACGUGUUCAUUUUAUUUUAAAAUUAAUAAUUGGAAUUAUUAUUGUAAGUUUUUAUACUUGGAAUAUAACAAAUUAUCGUUCAGCAAUAUUUGAUUCUGGUGAUACAUGGCAUCCUCAACUUGAGCCAAAAAUAGCACAUAUAUUAAAUGUAACAUUUUUAACAUUUUCACUACAUCUUAUUGAUCGUCAAGCUGAAUAUUUAAGUCGUUUAGAUUAUCAAUGGAAACGACAGUUAACACAAGAACAAGAUGAAGCAUUUCAUACAAGAAAUGCAAAUAAAUUAUUACUUAGAAAUAUAUUACCAGAACAUGUUGCUGAUUUUUAUUUAAAUAUGAAUCGUACUGAGGAACAUGAAUUGUAUCAUGAAGCACAUGAAAAUGUUGCUGUUAUGUUUGCAUCAUUGACUGAUUUAUCAAUUGACGAGAGUAAUAUUCUUAUUGAUCUUAAUGAAAUAAUAUGUGAAUUUGAUAAAUUAUUAUUUGAUCCAAGUUUUGCAUGGAGAAUUGAAAAAAUUAAAAUUGCUGGAACAACAUAUAUGGCUGCUUGUGGAUUAGAAGCAAGAAGAAGAGAUUCAUUAGAAAGUGAUGAUGGUAGUCAAGAACAUGUUGUUAAAAUUAUGGCUGAAUUUGCUGCAAGGAUGAUGGAAGUACUUGACAGGCUUAAUGCAGAUAUUUUUCCAAAUUGUGUUAAACCAUACAAAUUAAGAAUUGGAAUUUCUCAUGGUGAAGUUACUGCUGGUGUUGUUGGUUCACAAAAACCAUUGUAUGAUAUUUGGGGUGAUGCUGUUAACAUGGCAUCUCGAAUGGAUACAACAGGUGUUUCUGGUAAAAUUCAGGUAACAACUGAAACAGCUAAAGUUUUAGAACAAGAUGGAAUAAAAUGUUGUCUUCGUGGUGAAACAUGGGUCAAACCAAAAGGUCUUGUUACAACAUAUUUUGUUGGAGUUGAUGAAAAAAGACGACUACUUAAAGCUGACUCAUCCUCACUUGAGCAAACAAAUCUUUGAAAUUAUAAAAAUAUAUCGAAAUAAUUGACCAAAAAUAAAAAUGCACAAUUUCCCUGGUAGAAAUAUUUCUCUGUCUUUUCUCCGACCAUGCAAAUUGCCAGAAAAAGACAGAAAAAUAUUUCCACCAGCUGUGAUCAUUUCAAUAAUAAACUAAUAACAUAUAAAUUAUAUUUAAAAAAAUUAUUAUUAAACAAUCAAAAUGAUAACAAUAGUAAAUAAUAGUAUUUAUAUAUAACGGUUAUUUUUUUAUAAAAAUAUUAAACUUGGAUAAUUAAAAUUAAAUCGAAUUCAAUAUAUAUAUAUCGAAUAAAUAAUUUGUAAAUAACUCUGUAAAUAUACUUAUGAAUAUUUGGUUUAUAUGAAACGUUGCAUUAGUAUUUUUACGUUGCAGUCAUAACAAACUUCAUAUUAUAAAUUUAUAAAAAUAAACUACUAGUUGAUGAAAAC